AUGGUAAGUGAGAUUGUCAAAUUGUGGAAUCUGACAAAUUCCAAAGGAGCUGCAGACCGUAGAGUUCUGCGGACAACGGCCACAGUAGCAGUGUGCUUCCGACCAUCAUCCUUGACUUGCCAGUGCUUUCCCGGCAACCCACCAACUAGAGCAGUGCACAUUUGGAUAGAAUGUAAAGAAGCAGAUAAGACCUACUGUACACAUAAUCCAGAAGUUAGUAAUUGUACCAUGGUGAACAGCACUGACUUUUGUUCUGUGCCUACUCCCACUCCUGUGCCAACCAAUUCUACAGCUAAAACCACAACUCUGCCUUCACCUUCUACAGCUUCCACAACAGUCGUCACAUCAGGUACGACAAAUACCACUUUGACUCCGACCUCACAACCUGCACGGAAGUCUACCUUUGAUGCAGCCAGUUUCAUUGGAGGAAUUGUCCUUGUCUUGGGUGUGCAGGCUGUAAUUUUCUUUCUCUAUAAAUUCUGCAAAUCUAAAGAACGAAAUUACCACACUCUGUAAAGAGAGCCAUUAAGUUAAUGAGGACUGGCGAUUCAUUUGUGUAACUCAUCGAAACCAAAAUAAUACCUUUCAAGAAGUCCCACGUGGAAGACGCUAUUUCAGGAUCUUUAAAUUUACAAAGGAUGCAUAUAGGAUAUUUUGGAGCAUUGGCCUUGAAGAAAAAUUAGUUAAAAACCAUUUUGCUCAACAGGAAUAUUUAAAAUAUUCUGCAUGAAUCCUUGUGGCUGUCUUCUUUUAUUUUCAAUGGCUGCUGCUGUGGGAUUGUUUCUUUUCUUGACAUGCCAAAUGUAACUUUAAGUGAUGGAAAAUGAUGUUCUGUGCAGACAACCUCCUGACUGUUGGCAGUUUAAAUUUAGUCAUCUUAAAGCCUGAAAACUGCAUUACUUUUAUCCUAACUCACGAUGUAAUUUAGUGACCAGAAUUGAGAAGUGUGCCGCAUGAGCAUCAGUCUAGGUGGAUUUUUGGCUAUCAUUUCAAAAGUGUAAUAAAUUUAUUAAUUUAGUACUAAACUGUAUCCUAAAGUAAAAUUUUGUGCCUGAUAAGUUAUUUUUUUCUACAUUAGAAAUAAGAUGCCACACAGGGAAUUACAUUCCAGAUUUAACAAAAUGAGUGGAAAGGAUACAAACCAAUAAUAUGUAACAGGUUAUUGUUCAUGCACUUGUUAUCAUUGAGAAAAUAUAGAACAGUGCCUUAAAAGACAGACUGAAAGGAAGUCCGCAACGUAAGGUAGAUGUGCUUUGUUCUCUCACAUAAGAAAGGUGAAGGUUGGUGUGAGGAUGUAACUGUUGAUGUUUUAGAUACCAUACUAUUAAUAUUUAAUUAAAAAUGCAACUCCUUUUUCUCAGCUGAGAAACUUAAGCUAAAGAAUAUUAUAUAAAGCUGAAAGCCCUCGUGAGCCUCCCAACAUUUUUCUUAGGGCAGUUAAAAAUAAUAGAGAUAAAAUUGAUUUAGUUUUCUUUUUAUUCAUAAAAAUAUCCUAGUACUGUUAUACCUUGAAAAGAUUUCUACCAAGCUUUCCUAAAAAGUAGCGUCUUUCCUGAGACAAGAAGGAAAUUCAUUUACUAGCCUUUUUUUUUUGGUGGUAUGAGUUUGAACUCAGGGCCUUACUCUAGUGAGGUGAGCGCAAUACCACUUGAACCAGGCCUCCACCCUUCUUUAAGUGAGACAAUCAUUUUUAAGUUUUCAGGCAGCAAAUAUGACCCAGGAAAUUUCAGAAGACCCACAAAUCUAAGGAUUUUGAUCAGAUUAGGGUUUUCAUGAUUGCCCUGGAUGAACACUGCUUUCUCUUUUUUGAUAUUUCCAUAGUCUAAUCAUGAAUACAUUUGUUUCUAGAGCUUCUCAAAGUAUGAUUUUUUAAAUUUCUUUUUUUUUUUAUUAAGUUUUAGAGGGUUACUUCUCCCUUGCCUUUGACAUAUUGGAUUCAGAGACUUUACUUGGAAAUGGGCUUUUGCUUUUCAAGGUCAUUUUCUGUUUUUUUUGUUUUAGUUUCUUUAGCCUUGAGUAGCUGAGUUUAGCACAUGGUUUUUAAUAUUUUAUAGUAGGAAAUUACAGAGUGCUUUGGUUCAUUUCAUAAACUGAAAUUCCUUGUACUUAGCUGAUUAUUAAGGUUCUUAAAGUGAAGAGUUAGUGUUUCUUUGUCACUUUCUGGUACAGUUAAUGUUUGUUUUACUUGCACAUUUGUACAUACACCUAAUGUUUUCAAGUGCCUUAAUUGUUUAAAAUCUCUGGCUUCAAAGGUUUUUGGGGAAAGAUAGGUUUACCUCACAAUUUUGUGUUUCCAUUAGUAAUAUUCUAGGUACCUCACAAAAUUUAUUAUGGUGCCAGGGCUGUUAGUUUUUAGUGAGUGCUAUAAGAUUUCAUUUGAAAAUAUACAUUUGAAUAUAUCCAUUCCUCACAAGGUGACAGAUAGCUACGGUGGUGUAAUUGUCAUUUACUUGGAUGUGAAUUCCUUGCCAUGCAUUUGUCAACACGUAGCAGAUUUUGUGAAAAUGUAACCGUAAUUCUGUAAUUUUGAGCACUGCUCUAACAUAAUAGGAAGUUAGAUUCCGCAAGUCUACAGAUGAGCCUUUGCAACAGAACUCACAGCCUCUUUUGACACUUCUCCCCACCUUUAAUUUAGUAGUGUAGUAUCUUAAGCCAUUAAUAAUUUUUGGGUUUUUUAAUCCAGAAGAUAUAUUAGAAACUUUCAGAUUUUUCAUCUGAUUUGUUCAUGCAGAUGUAGUUCUAUCACAUACCUUGUUUUCCCUUACAGAUAAUUUGUUGCACAGGCAGAUACUGCUGUACUUAGAGAUUUCUAUUUUAGUUCAUAAAAACUGCAAAACCAAUCUGUAUCAUGUACCAAAACUGAUUUAAAAAUAA